AUGGAGCGCCCUGUAAUGUACGUGAUGAACAUGGCUGUGUUUGUUUUCGCCAUCGGAUUAGUUCAGUUCGGAAUUUCAGAGAGCCACACGUCGAUGUCCACAUUCACACUGAACGAAGAGUUUGCCUCCAGCAGAAGGCCAGAAGGAAACGAAUCAUUUUUCAAGAACUGCAAUAGAACAGAGGCUUUUAUAUAUGGCCAUAACCUCACGUUUUCCCCCAACCCAAUAGUUCUACACCCAGACCCAAAAAACUUCUCGACGGGACCAAGUUUGCAAUUUUACGGCAAAAUAGAAAUUUCAAGAUCAAUUUCGAACAACGAACGUAUAGAGUUGCUGAACUCGAUUAAGCUGACGACACUUGGUUAUGAAACAACAGAGCUGUGUUUAUGGCUGCCUUUACGCUUCUGCCAUUCAAAUGACCUAUGUGGCUUAAUCGAAGAUUAUCGGUACCGGUUCAAGAACCACUGUCCCGUAUUAAUUUAUGACAAAACGGAACACAUCAACAAGGCAUGGAACUGUUCAUGUCCUAUCAUCGAGGGUAUAUACUGGUGGCCAGAUUUUAAAUUUCAAUUCCCACAGCAGCAUGUUCGUCUCGAAGGAGAUUUCGACAUCGACAUAAACUUGAAACAGGGCAGACAUCACAUCGGUUGCCUCAAUUUUAAGUUCUCUUUCAGCAAGGGAAGCCAGGAUCCUAGCGCAUAUGACUGACACAGAAACUACAAGUCAAAUUAUUGGACACAUAUCAUGAC